GAACUGCACUCGCUCCUCCACAUUCCGGCUCCUGGGCUGCUGUGAUGCCUUAAGGAGCUGGAACUGAGGCCAGACGGAGCCAAGAGAAAUAAAGUGGAUAUUUAUUGAAGUGCCUUCAAAGGCCACAGCCCGGCAGUACCGGAGCCAAGGUCGUGGCUCUGCCCAGGUGGCUCCAAGAUGGAAGCAAAAGAGGGCUUGGUCAGGAGAUCUGACAUUUUUAUAAGUUUUAGUCCAUUUGCACCCAGGAUUUAACUGCCCAAUGAAUAGCUUCAAAUGAUGAAGUUUCAUCCUCCUUGCUUGCUUGCCCGCCCUCCUCUUUUCCCGUUGUUUGUGCUUUGGGCCUGAAGUUUGAAGAGAUUGUCCUUGAUUCUCCAGGAUCCAGAACAGGAUUGUUUUGUCUUCACCACCGUGUGAAAAGAUCCCAGUAACACUUAAUAGAAAGCUAAAGCUGCACACCAAAGCAGAACAGAAAAACUUAAACCUAAGGUAUCGGUUGUCUGCCAACAGACAGACAGCGGGACAGAGCUCUCCUUUGCUUUUAGUUAGUUUUUAGCUCGCUGAGGCACAGAAGUUCCCUGGCCUGUGGUUUUUCCUUUUCUUUGGAGCUGUUUAAACCUGCUCUGGACUGAACACCAGAAGAGCACCGGCAGCUCGCACCUGUGGCCCACUGGGCCAGGCCUGGACCACGGAGGGACUGAUCAGAGACUGAGUGAGCCGAGCUACAGCCCACGGAGGGACUUCCUGAGUUUGUCAUCUCUUUUGGAGCGGCAACAGGUUUUAUUGUUUAAUAUUGUUCAUUUUCUGUGCCAGUGAAUGCUUUGCCUGUUAAAUAAACAGGUUUUUUCUACUUUUCUCCAAGGAAAUCUUUUCCUGAACCGGUUGGGGGAGGGGCCACUUGAAUCUGCUUUUCUCCCAAAUUUGCCCUAAACCAGGACAGGGUGGUGGAGAGAGGGGGAAGCCCCAAGUGUCUGGAUUGGAGGGAGGCUGGAGAGGGGGACCCUCGUACCCCAAAACCCCCCAGCAUCCCUAAGCAGGACCCUGGAGAAGGGGGAUCCCCAGGACCCAUGGGAUCCCCUGCAGCCCUGAGACGGGGGAGCACCAGAACCCCAGAGGGAUGAGACUGGAAAUGGGACACUCCUGGUGGCUUUUUUUGAUUCACUCUUGAUUUUUGGAUGUUUUUAUGGACACCUGGAGACUUCUGGAGAUGGAUUUGGGCAGGAGGAAUCCCCAACCCAAGGCAUUCACACCUUGUUUUCCCCCAAACCAGGAUUUCCCAUUCCCAAACUUUGGCUGGGUGGAGGAGGAGGCUGCGAGGAAGAGGAAGGAGGCCUGGGACAGCCAGGCAGAGCAGGAGCUGAGGAUGGAGAGCAGGGAGGACAAAUCCCCGCGGCAGAACCUCGUGGAAGAGGCCGUUUUGAGCAGCUCCAUGGUGCAGGAACCCAACGGGGAGGAAAAGCCCCGGAGAUGCCGCACGAGGAGGGGCUGCAAAUGCAGAUCACGGGGAUCUGAGGAGGAAAGACCCACCCUGGGCUGGGGAGGCGGCCGGAGAUGGAGCCAGAGCUUGGAGCUGGUGGUCCAUGAGCAGCUCCAGGAUGGGGAGAAGCCCCACAAGUGCUCAGAGUGUGGGAAGAGCUUCAGGAAGAGUUUCAAUCUGCUCUGCCACCAGAGGAUCCACACUGGGGAACGACCCUACGAGUGCUUGGAAUGUGGGAAGGGCUGCAGCCACAGGUCCGACCUGAUUGUCCACCAGAGGUUCCACACUGGGGAGAGGCCCUACGAGUGUCUCGAGUGUGGGAAGAGGUUUCUCACCAGCUCCCAUCUCCUUGUACAUCAGCAGAUUCACACCGAGGAGAGGCCCUUCUGCUGCCCCCACUGUGGGAAGGGCUUCAAGCACAACUCCACCCUCGUCACCCACCGGCGCAUCCACACCGCGGAGGCCCUACGAGUGUCCCCAGUGUGGGAAGAGCUUCUCAGCCCGCUCGUUCUUUACCCGACACCAACGGAGGCACCGCUGAGGGAAGCCCUGCGAGAGCCCCGCCUGCAGGAAGAGCUUCAUGCGCUGCUCCAGCUCCAUCCCCAUCAGAGGACCCAGGUUGGGCACAGCCCUGGUGACCCACAUUCCCUGUGAUACACAGAGGGAAGUGGCUGCUGUUCCUUUUCUUUUGUCUCUUUUUAUCUUUUAUCUUCCUCCCUUCAAAACACAGAAAAUUGGGGUAAAAAUCAAGAAAUUCAUCAAAGGCAUCUAAAGCCUCACAUUUUACUUGUGUUUUGGGGAAUCUUGGAUUCCGGGAGAUAUCUGGGAGGAUAUGGGGGAGUUUGGGGGGUAUUUGGUUUAGUUGUCUUUAUUUCUUGGCACUCCAAAUGAUGAGAAGUAUUGAUCUGUCACCUCAAAAGCACUCAAUGCCACUGAAAACUACUGAAUCCCACCCCAAAAUUACUCAAUUCCAGCACCUCUCAGGGUGAAAUUGGGUUGGAAGGGGAUUGGGCAAAGUGGGAUGCAAAUCAGGAGGGGUGAGAUGGGCACUGGGUGGGGCAGGAUGGGUGGGAUGGGGUUUGGGAGGUGUGAAAUGGGGGAAGUACCGCUUGGGAAGGGGUCUUGAUGUCCAGGAGGGGUGGGAUGGGUUGGGAUUGGGGCGGUG